GGGGAUUUUAAAAAUAAAGAUGGUGACUAAAUGUCAAAAUAUCAGGAAAUGAGAUGCAUAAUUGCCAAUAAAUAUUUUUAUUGAUAUUCUCUGUGUAUUAGCAUGAUAGACUAACUGUUAGUGCAACAAAAUGGUUGAUCAACCACAAAGACGAAGGUUCCCCAGCAGUUCUUAUAUUCGAGCCAUUGAUGGGGAUGUUGUGGCCAAUGUAAAAGUUGUUGUGAGGAUUCGUCCACCAAAUGUAGCACAACAGAGAGAAGCCAGCAGUAUUGUCGUCCAUCGGAUAAACGAGAACAUAUUGGUGUUUGAUCCCUUGGAGCAGCCGACAGACGGUCCUUUUCAAAAUGGUCCCAGAGAUAUACGAAAGCGUCGGAAUAAAGACAUGAAGUUUGCAUUUGACCACAUUUUUGGUGGCAAUUCUACCAAUGUUGAUGUGUUUGAGCAGACAACGAAAACAAUCCUUGAUGGGUUAAUACAGGGAUAUAAUUGCUCAGUGUUUGCCUAUGGUGCCACUGGAGCUGGGAAAACGCACACUAUGCUUGGCAAUGAUGAAGAGCCAGGGGUGGUGUAUCACACAAUGAUAGAUUUGUACCAGAGAAUGGCCCAGAUUAAAGAUGAAAAGACUUGCAGUGUUGCUGUGUCUUAUCUUGAGGUCUACAAUGAACAGAUCCGUGACUUGUUAAUCUCACGGGGAAGUGGUGUUCUUCCUGUCAGGGAGGAUCCAAAGUUUGGAGUGGUCAUCCCUGGUUUGUCACUGCACAAGCCAAAUACUGCAGAGGAGCUUCUUCAUAUGCUGCAAUUUGGUAACAAAAAUAGAACCCAGCACCCGACAGAUGCCAAUGCCGAAUCAUCUCGAUCUCAUGCUGUCUUUCAGGUUUUUAUCAGACAAAAAGAUAAGACGGCCAACAUUUCUGCGGAAGUCCGUGUGGCGAAGAUGUGUCUGGUAGACUUAGCUGGCUCUGAACGAGCCAUGGUGACGAAGAACCGCGGAUCUCGGUUCCGGGAAGGAGCCAACAUCAACCGUUCUCUUCUUGCUCUGGGCAAUGUCAUCAAUGCAUUGGCGGACAACAAGAAUAAAGGUCAUGUUCCUUACCGUGAUAGCAAGUUAACACGAUUAUUGAAAGACUCGCUUGGUGGCAACUGCCGUACUGUCAUGAUAGCAGCUGUCAGUCCAUCAAGCUUGACAUAUGAUGACACAUACAACACACUGAAGUAUGCUGAUCGUGCCAAACACAUACAAGCCACGGUGAAGAAGAAUAUUUUGAAUGUGGAUUUUCAUAUGAGUCGAUAUGGGCAGAUUGUGGAGGAACUCAGAAAGGAGAUCGGUUGUCUAAAAGAAAGGGUAAAGAAGUACGAGGAAGGAAAGGUAGUGGCAGUUGGACGAGUUUCCUGCCAUGCAGAGGUUUUCAGAUUGCAAGAUGUUUUAUACAAGCUGUUCUCUUCUCGCAUUGAUAUUCGACUGGAACAGCUGAACCUUGAAAGUACCUAUCGAGACAGGUUACUAAAAAUAUACAGAAAGGAAAAAUGUCUUCAGAAGUUGCAAAUGGUGACAGACAUACAAUAUGGGAUUGUUUCAAAGAUACAGAAGAAUAUUUUGUUCACGAAGUCGAAGUUGGGAGAUCUGGAGAAGAGGAAAAAGGCUGCUGCAGUGCGGUUUGAUGACAACAGCUGUUGGUUGAAGCAGGUGGAGUCGGAGAUGUUGACGGUCGGAGGCAGGCAUGUGAUGCCGGAGAUGCUGGAAGUAAGUCUGCGGAUGCACCAGUUGGAGGUGGAGCUGAGUGACACUCGACAGCAUGUCAAACAUCUCCGCAAGGUUGUCCGAGUCCAGGAACGAGAUACACAGACUAAUGACAGAUUGAUAAUGAAGCUCCUGACUUUGGUGAAGAAACAAUAUUUUGUUCUCAAAGGACACGGUCUGAUGACUUUUGACAUGACUUCCGAGUAUGACGGCAUUCUGCAGUCAGUGGAGCAUUCAGAGGUCACGUGGGCAGAUGAAGUGACCGGUGCUACGAGCGAGGUCGGCUACCACGUCGACAGAGUGGUCGAUCUACCACUUCUUGAACCGCUUCCUAUCAAGUGUGGCACCCCUAGUCGCAUCAGGAAAAUUAAAGAAUGUUCCACCCCAGGAGUCAGUGACAAGUUCUUGUCAACAGUUGGUCACACAAGUUCUUCACCUGUUGGACUUAAAGGUUCUGGUGAUGGUGUCCCUCCACAGCAAAUUUCACAACCAUCUGAUCAAGUGGUAGUGAGAGUUGAUUCUGGCACAGUGCAGUUUGCUAAUCAGAGAGAAAACUGGAACUCUGUCUCAAAACCACUCGCAGUAUGCCAGGGUGUAAUUGAAGUUCCUCAGUCUGCUCCAGAGAAUGUCCCCGACAUGGUACAGAAAGCCGACAGUCUUACGUGUCUUGCAGGCCACACGCCGGCUGCUAGAAAGUUAUCCAUUCUGAACGUUCCACUAGAAGCUCGUACUGCUGGUGAACCUGUUCCCAGCACAGUCUCAUUGGCUGUGAUAAGUAAUGAAAAACUAACGGUGGGAAUCACUCAAGAUCUGAAAGACAUUUCCAGUGAGACUCGUAACAACUUGAACAGUACAUUUACCCUGGAUGAACCGCACCACGACGGAGCAUCUGCUAUCAGUGAUGUUGGUACAGAUUCUGUCAUUCCUUGCAUCAAGACGGUCAACUGUUGGAAUAAAAAUUGGUCGGACAUUGCCUCGUCCAGUACAGCUACUGAGUUUUCUGCCGCUGUGACAGACAAACCUUAUGGUUCUCUGAAACCUUCGGCUCAAGGGUUUGUUUCAAAAACUGGUAUUUUAUCUCAAAAUAGUGACUUACCUACUGUCUCAAAUGUCAACUCUUCACAAGUGUGUCAAGCUGUUAAAAACACUGUGUCCGAAAGUGUGACAAAGAUGCAUGGUGCUUCAGAGCAUGUUUUGGCAUCUCGUACUGUGACAAAAGCUGCUCCAUCUGUGAUACUGGGUAAAGAGAAUGCAAGUGGUAGCGUGAUUGAUGGGUCUAAGGAAAGGAAACAUGUGGCUCGCUCCAUAAACUUUGACAGUGUGGCUCGGACACCCGACCGAACCUACGCUCAGGUGGUGAAGACCCCACCCACCCCCGAACGCUGUCCUCUAGCGCCUCUGUCCGACAACACGCCAACUCUGUCUCCUUCUGUAAUGCAGAAAAGCAUAUUUAACUCAAACGAAACACCGGCAAGGAGGACCAAAUCGAUCAUUCACAGUGAAACAAAUUCCAAGCUUCGACACAAGAACAGUUCACAAGCAUAUGGAAUUGAAAAUAUUGAAACCCUUCACAAGAUGGGCCUACCGUCGAUGGCGUUCAAUGCUCAGAAGUCUGCAUCAAGAUUGCCAUACAGCAAACCAAGCUACAUGCAGAUGACGAAAUCUUGUGCUCAGCGAAUACAAAAAGUGCCAGGUAGAUCAGACAUGGAUCAUAUUCCAUUGUUCAAAAGGCGAAGCAAAUCAGCAUCGUGUAUAAAUCAUGGUAGAUGGCAGCAUUGAAGAGACGGAUAGAACUUUGGCCUUGCCACUCUUUCAUUACAACUCAAUCAGCCUGCACACUUGUUUGGUCCAAUAUAUCCGAUUACGACAAAAGGUACCAUAUUUAAUGUGGUGUCGCAUACACAACUAUGAAUUGGUCUGACCUGGUGUUUUCAUUGGUACUGGAGGUUUAUGACUUAACAAACCCGAGUGAAACAGCAAAGCUUAUUUCUUGAUAUUUGUCUGGUAUCCAGAUCCUACAUCUCCCUUACUUGUACAUCGCUUUAAGAAUCACUCAACCUGUGAUAAUACGAGCGAGAUAAUUCCAAAGUAUAAAAAUCAAAGAUGGUCUCUUAUCAUGAAAUGUCUUGUGCCAAAAACAGAUGAAAUCUGGGAAACUUGGUACUGUUUUUGCAAUACCCGACCUGGGCAGAGUUCAACCAGAGCACGAAAGCUAUUGAUAGACUAGUUUUUUGUGCUGCAUGUUAAACCAAAUGAGCAACCAGUCAACUAUUUCAUGAACAUUAGCAUCACCUAGUAUUGUUAUUAUCCAGAUCGACACUGUAGAUUCAGACCUUGGGGGGGGGGGGAGGGAGGGAUCCUUCUCAAUGUAUUUAGAGGACCGAGACAUGGCAGUGCUCUACAAAACGAGUAAAAUACUCACCAUGGCGACUAAAAACAUUCCCUGGCGUCUAAAAAAUAAAAUCACAUUCGCAAGUUGGCGACUGUCCAAUAAUUUUACUUUAAUCUGUAAAGAAAACUGGACAUCGGAAAACACUGUGGACCAGUAGCAAUUUAUCUUCCAUAAAACAUGUUUUCUAUCAGUAGUUUGUUUGAAAAAUAAAAGUUUGAGACAUGUUAAUCGGACUAUGAGUAACGAGUUUCCAGUAUUCAAGAGUAAACACGGUGACGUUAAGGGGGAAGUAAUACUUUGUUAUGAUGUUAUCUCCCUUGACUUGAAUAUCAAGUGUUUGGAAAUAAUUCGACCCCAGUUCAGUUUUGGACCAAGUCGGUCCUAUCCCAUUUAGAGCCAGGUUUUAUUUAUGUAUUAAAAUGAGAUUGUUAAGCCA